UUCUCUCAAUAAAUAAGUUCUAUAAUGGACAAACCAAGGACUCGGGAUUAAUGCCAGCUAGCGACGUAAAACUGUGCCAAAGAAUUGGUUUUAGCCAUGAUAAGCACAGCGUUCCUGAAGAUUAUGUUGGCCGCCCAAAAUUUGUCAUGUUUCUAAUCCGACACCAAAAAAUAAUUGUUCGAUUAGACUGGCCACUGUCUCUACAAGAAUGGAUUUUCGCCACCUCAUUGCCUCAGUUUAAUGGUUAGCUGAAAAAUGAGGAGAGGAAUUUUUUCCUUGUGUAAAUGAUUCUUGUGAAUUUGUAGGCUUGAAAAGUUUAAGACUUGUGGACUUGACGGGUAAGGCAGUUGUGGAUGAUGGAGGGGAUAUCGAUGAAGUGAAAUUUCCCCUUAUCGGACACGUUUUUUUGGAAAAUCUCCAAUUCAAGGCAAGUUGAUAAAGUUGUAAUAUACUUAUUGAAUAUUUAUUAUAUUGUUUGCUUGGUUAAUUUUCAGUUGCAAGGAGGCACCACCUCAACUUUGGCCAAGUUUUUAGCGAAGCACAAUGGGAACGUUAGCUUUAAUUGAUGCUAAUUUUUAUUCAGAUGCCAUAUAUAAUAGCAUACUGCGUCCUGGAAAUAAAGACAACGGAAUAAAUUAAAUAAUUUUGCAUUUUGCAUUGGGUAAUGUUAAUGAACGUAUAUAUAUAGAGACCUUCGUCUAGAUGAUUGCAUUUUUGGACCCAAACUACUGCAUCAUAAAAUAAUCGAAGAUUUGGAAUUCUUUAUCGACUCCCAUUUUUUCCCAAUAUUGAAAGAAAUAGUUAGGGUCAAACAUGUAUGUAGGUGAAUGGUAGUCAAUGGGUGGGUGUAGGACUCACUUCUGAGAAAUGGAACAACUGUGAUUGACUUGCAUUGUUUCUAAGAGUCGAAACAUAUCAGACUCAAAGCUGGGUUUAUAUUGUACCAAGUACCAAUUUUCCGUGAAACCAGCGUGACAUAGGGGAGGGUGGGUGUCUAAAAAACCAAAACUGCGUUAUGAAGUUUAUGAACGUCCCAUAUACACACAUGUAAAGGCACAUAUUUAAAUACGCAAGUAAGUACGUAAUUACAAGUGUUACUUGUUUCUAUUGUGCAGAUUGCUAAUGGAAACCCGGUAUUUAUGAUAAGUAAUGAAGAACCGUCAUAAGUAACGUGUGUAACUGGUUGCAGAUUCCACCAAGAAAAUUUUUUCAUUUCUUAUUCGAUUUCGCUCGGGGUUGGCUUUAAAUGACGCGUUAUAUGUAGAUUUCUGCAGAUGAAAAUUAAAGUCCCAUACUAUCAUUGCAUGGUAAAAGUGAAUUUUCCGGCCGUCCUUAACUGAUGUUUUUACAGCAGGAUCAACAUUUGUAUUUGAAUAUAUAUGCAUGAGUACAAAUAAAAGAGAUAAAUGCAUGCCUCAACUUUGCAUUCGCUAUCUUAUCUACACCAUGAUAAUGCAAAUUUACCAUUUUGUACUCAUUUGCUCCCCGUUGUCUUGCUAUUCUACUUAACAAUAAAUUUACCAUAUGGUUAUAUAUUUUUUCUCCAAAUAAUUGUAUACAAAAUGUCAGUCCCAAGUAACUCUAUAUCUGGCACACCACCUUCUAAGAUUGACUACAUAUCACAACUAAAUUUGAUAAUACAGAAGGAAUACCGGCAACCACCCAACAAGUGUAAUAAAUUUUCUAUUGAAGAACCAAUCCCCACUAAUGACGGUAGAUAUGUCACUACUAUAAACUAUUUUAGCAGACAAACUGAAAAGCAGUACCGAGAGCAAGGGUUUUCAUCGUCACCAGUGAAACAAUCCACGAAGGAUGCAAGAAAUGAUGCGUGCGAGAAAAUAAUGGCUAAAUACAAUGCGGACCUAAGUCAACUAUCUACAACCUCAGCACAUUUUAAUGCACCCAGUCCGUCAGCGCAACAAGUGCCCUCAACGUCACUGGAGAUACAAGGUUCGCAUAAUAGUCUAACACGAAGUGAUAAUAAUGUGGUGCAUGGACAACAGGAUAAUUUUCUUAAACGUGUAAACAAUGACGUAGCGGAUGCGCAAGUCGUUCCCGUCACGAAUAUUGGUGCAGGAAAUUCUAAUAUCACCCGCGUCAAGAACUCAAUUUUCUACUUUCCCGACCAGGUACUUGGUAUAGGUGGAAUGGGUCACGUUUUCAGGGGCUACUUCGAAAAACCGGACUGUAAAGCUGCCAUCAAACAAAUUCCACCAUCGAAAAUAGUGCACGAAGAGCAAAUUGAGAGGGAAGUUGAGAUUCUUCGCUCGCUGCGGCACGACAAUGUCAUCCGUUAUUUUGCAACGGAAAAAAAUGAAAUUAAUGCUAAUUUCAAGAAAAUUAAUGUCUACUUUAUUGCGAUGGAACUUGGUAACAGGACGUUGGAAGAUGUACUGACAGGGAAAACAUAUAGCUCGCUAGAUCAGCUUCUACAUUUUAUGCGAAAUACAGCUUCAGGAUUAUCGUAUCUCUACGACAAGGCUAUCAUUCAUCGUGAUCUUAAACCCAGUAAUAUUUUACUUUUUGAUGAGGGCAUCGCCAAAAUUGCUGACUUUGGGUUAAGCCGUGUCCUACGUUCGACCGAAAAAGUGGGUCAUACAGUAACAAUGACUGGUUCAUUUGGUUGGAUGCCACCCGAAACCCCAAAGAGACCUUUGGAAAGCUCGGAAUACAGGCAUUCCGGUGAUAUUUUUUCUUUCGGUUUAAUUAUUUUUAAAACUAUGUCCAACAAUCAUCGUCAUGCUUACGAGGAAAUGGGGAACGAAUCCAACAUAAAAUUGCAAGAAAACAUUUGGUCAGAAGAGAAAAAACCGCAGUGGUGCCAUAUCGAAGGGAAUCAAUAUGAAUGGUCCAUGAAGAGUUUGUUGGAACCGAUGCUGUCUAAAAAUCCGGAGGAAAGACCUGAUAUUAAGCAAAUCAAAACUCAUCCAUUUUUCUGGAGUGGGAAAUAUUUCCUGGAAUUCAUCCAUCGUGUCUCAGAAGGUCUCAAGGGUGUAAAGCAAGAACAUCGAGUUCAGCUAGAUCGAGAUUACGAUGAAUAUUUUAUGGCACAGUUCCAAAGUGGCCACGUUAACUGGAAAAUGCGACUCUCCCCUGAAGUGAGGGAGCAUCUUCUAGAAUUUUCUACCCACAAAAACGGCUAUGAUGCUGGGUCACUUCGCUCGCUUAUCGCGUUUAUUCGGGAUAAGGACGAGCACGUAGGUGAAUGGGAGCAGAGUAAGGCCGGUCGUAAACUUACGGAUGUGUUUGGCGACACGGACGAAAGUUAUGGAAAUUACUUCAUAAAAAAUUUUCCAGAAUUGCUUACCUUCUUAUAUAAUUAUCUAGCUAAGGCCCCGUUUUUUUCUGAGAUAGGAAAAGUAAAACGGACAUUUUACGACGUUGAAUUUAAGAAUUAGAUCAUUCGUAAUAAAUAUAAAGCGAUUUUAGCCAUCUCCAAAUAAAUUGACCUUUCGGAUAA